AUGGCGAUCACCAGAUCGAGUGCUCUCCUGUCUCUCCUCGCGCCCCUCCUCCUGUUGUCUUCCGUCGGGGCAAGCUCCGACGCGCCAUUCUUGGUCGUGCACAAGAAGGUUGAUCUUUUCCGUCUCAAGUCGGGGGUGGAGCAGGUCACCGUCUCAAUUGAUGUUUACAACCAGGGAUCUGCGUAAGUCAACUUUCUUUUUUUUGAAAACGAAAUUUCCUCCCGCGGUGGCCUUGGAUCUAUCGCGUGUGCUACUGAAUCUGAUGCGCUCUUGCGUUGGUUUUGGGUCGCGAUCUGUUUGCAUAUUGAGAUUUUGACAUCGAUGGCUUUAGGCGUAUAUAAGCGUGCAGCAGACUUUGGCUGCUGCGUUCUGUUUUAAAGUUUGUUGCUCGUCUAUGCGCUGAAUUUAGUUCUACAUGUAUGGAGGCUAUAAUGGUUUUCCCUUCUGAAUUGGUGAUAUCUAUCGAUUCAACGGUGGAAUUACGAUGUUUUUCAUCCGUCAUGCUGUUUAAAUUCCUCUGGUCGUAACGUUGGUUUGGUGAUUUUCUGUAUUUCCGAAGUCUUUCGAUUAUGUUAAAUGCCUCUGGUCAUAACGUUGGUAUGAUUUUCUGUCAUACCAAUUUACAAUGCUUUUAAACGUUGGCUUUCUUAGGAGCUUCCAUUUAUCUAUUCGCAUUCCAUUUUUCUAUGUUUCUUUCCGCUUUUUCUUCUCCUGUUCGUCUCCAUUUCCCUAUUGGCAGUUUAGGAAUUUGAUCGAUACAUUAAACGUGCACCGGAUUGCUAUCUUUUCAGGUGAAGAGGCAGUUCUCUUACGCCUGAAAACAUUUGGAUUCCUAUUUCGCUGUAAUGCUCAUGCAACUAUGGAUGUGCUGCAUUUUUCUUGCUUGCGUGCUUACCACCAGAAAAGAGUCAUAUAUCACUUUUAGGCGGCAUGCAACUAUAGAUCUGUUUUGCUGGGUUCCAUGAUUUGAAUUGUGUUACUGGUUUUGUUAUAUUGAGAAAAACAUGGAUGCAUGUAGUAUUAUGAUAGUUUGUUUUAGAAAAAUUAGACUGAACAUGCUGCAUUGCCAUUGGCACAAAAGAACGCACAUGAAUGGACACUCACCUCCAUUUCCCUUCCCUCUUCCGGUGACAUUCACAAUUAGCAUCUCAGAUUCCUUGAGGAAAGAAAGGAAUUAUGUAGUAAAUCACAAAUAGGGCUGCGUUUUGAACUGGUUCUGCUGUCCACCCCUCUGGCUGUCUUUCACUACUUUAUUAGUCUUCUCGUGUGUAUGAUUGGGAAAAACCACUUCUGGUUUCUAGUAUGAUACCAUUUUCUGCUUGGGAAUCGGAGACCGGGCUUUGAGAUGAACAGUGAUAAUAUAUUGGGAUUUAGUAGAAAAAGGAAACGAAGUUUUUUCUGAUUUGAAAUGAAUGGACGAUCUGUGGAUUACUCUUAUCUCCUAUCACUGUGCUAGCCUGGAGUAGGUGUAUCAAUCACAGAGACACCACCUACCAAGCAUGAUGGCUAGCUAUUCACUAGGUUUGAAUGUUGCGCCAUUCAUAUUGCUGGCACACCAGAGAGAAAUCCCACUGAGUUUGGACUCAUAUUUUCUGUGGAGCCAUUCAAGUCUGCACUUAAAGGAAUAUCUAUCUGGUUUGAUUCCUUUGACACCAUCUUUUUAGCAAGUGGAUGUAAAUUUGGUGAAGAUCCAGUUGCUAUGAUGUCUGUAUGAUUACAAUUUAUGAGCACGAAUUUGUUUAUUAUUUUGGAAACUUAAGUACGAUUGCUGAAACUCGUAUCAACUAUCAUGGCAGAGCCAUCAUUGAACAUAAUAUGAUUAAUUGCUGAAAUUUUGAGAAAACUUUGUUUGGACGAUCUGCUUGCUUUGACUUGUUUGGUGACUUGUCCCUUAAAUCCCCCCCUUUUUUUAUAGAAUUAUUGGCAACUCAUCUACUGGGUCAGUUGACUGUGGAGAUGUUCUUGGCAAGCAUGAUGAAUGCUCCAAACUUCUAAAUUAGGGUUUUUUUUUUUUUUUUUUUUGAUGUGGUGAAUCCCACAACGAAAUUAGUCCCUAUCAUGAGGAAUCUGUGUGAGUCAUGAAAACCUCUGCGCAUCCGGUCAUUGACUUUCAUCAUCUUGAAGAUGCCUGGCCGUCUCCAGUUGGUGCUCACUUGGUCAUAAUGACAUCAUCAUCAUAGAAUAUAUUGCAGAAGCUCUGUUGAAUCUCUGAAGAUGCUUUCAUGGCCGCUCGAAUCCAAUUCUCAUGCCUGAUUUCAUGCAGUUCUUCAGAUGAUUUUGAAAUCCCUCCGUGCGUGACUUCCUCUACCUAUGAAUCACCAAUUUUUUAUUACCUUUUUUGGUAGAAAUUUAUUUUAAUCCUGUAGAUAAAAACUGUGCCCACUAACUAUUCCCUGAUGAACUCCUCUUCCAGCACGGCCUAUGAUGUCAUUCUCAACGACGACAGCUGGGAAAAGGGCACCUUUGAUCUGGUCUCUGGCAGCACCUCCAAGACAUGGGAAAAGCUGGAGACGUGAGAGUCAACGCCCAUCCCUCCCUGGCGGAUUAAAGUUCCCUUUUUUCUCUUUAAUUCUAUUAUUAGCAAAACUGACCUGCCUCCCUCCAGCGGAUCCAUCUCCUCUCACUCGUUUGUCCUGGAGUCCAAAGUCAAAGGCCUCUACCACGGCUCCCCCGCCUUUGUCAAGUUCCGUGUCCCUUCAAAGUCAGCUCUACAGGUUCGCCCUCGAUCUUCUUCGGCUACAUAAAGUCAACGCCUCCCCCCCUACUUUUAAGGUGGGGUCUGAUCUCGUGAGGACACCCUCUCUGUUGCAGGAGGCGUACUCGACUCCGAUUCUCCCUCUGGACAUCCUCGCCGACAAGCCGCCGUUGGACAAGCUCAACUGGGUCAGCGCCUCCUUUCCGAAAAAAACUCAGAGAAACUCAACCCCAUCUCCCCUUUUCGGCACUAUAUCUCUCCAUGGGAAAUCUUCUGACAUCUCUCCUGUUUUUGUCCAUCUCUUCCCUUCUCUCCCCUGAUCCGUGCGGGCGCCUCCAAAAUUCACAUACCCAGCUGAAGGUGAGCCCCCCAGAGCUCCUUCCAUUCCCUAUAUCUCCCCCGCGUUGACUCUAAAGCCGAAUGAAGGAGAUGAUGAUGAUGAUGAUGGCCUAAUGCAUGCAGAAACUGGUGGCGAAGUACGGCUCGCUGGUCUCCGUGUUGGCCAUCGUGGGGCUGUUCAUAUACCUCGUGGCGAGCCCCCCCAGCGCCGCCAAGUCGAGCAAGAAGAAACGGUGA